UUUUUCACCCUGAUGUUCAACAAUCAACGAAGAGGUCGAGGUUGCUGUCUUCUUGAACUGUUGCUCCUACUCACAUUACAAGGCUCCGCUCGAGCUGCUAUAGCUUCCAACACGGCCUGUGAGUGUACAUCCAGUUGCGGCACUGGUCUCUUAUCUGCAUCUAAGGCUUGGUGUUAUGUUAGCCCUAGUGGCUGUGGGGUCGGGACCUGUAGCUGUUUGAGUGCGUCUAAGAGCCCCUAUGAUUUCUGUGAUGACAGUCUUGGUCUUCUCCAACGAGAGCGCGAGAGGAGUCGGAGCGAAAUAGAAGCUCUCACGGCCAAACUAGAGGACUUGCGAACUAGGCUCAGCUUGGACGAUUCGACUAGGGAGGCUCAGGAGGCUGCCCUGAAGGAGAAAGAGGUCCAACGAGAGGAGCUGGAGACGGUCAUUUCAUCACAGAAGAGUACCAUUGCUGUGGUGUCUUGGUAUUCCCUCUGGUGUGCUGUGGCUGUAGCGGCUGUAGUGUCCGUGCUUUGUCUGCUCUUCUGCCUCUAUAAGGCAUUCUUAUUACGGAAACAAGUGAAGGCCAGCGUGGAGACGAGUCCGAUAACAGAAGCUCUGCUGAGCCCGCCAGCGAGGAAUGCAGGGAAGGGAGUUGGGACUCCCUCGACUGAGGCUAAUAGCCCGGCGAGGCUACCUCCUGAAACACCAUCGGAUGUCUUCCCUCUUCACAAGUCUUUCUCCCCGUCACUGGGCGGUCAGGACAUCCGUUCGCCUUUCCUGGCAGCUGGGGUUUCGGCAGGAACGGGCACUCCUGGGUCGGCACAUGAGCCUUGGAGUGAAGUGGACAUGUCUCGACGCUCAACGCGGGAUGUCCUCGAUACUCCGAGACUUGGGCCCUCAGGGUCCCAGCAACGGCCGAAGUUCCACAAACCGGAGAUCACAGUAGAUGAUGAGCCUCAGCAUAGUAGCACUUCGAGGGAGGAAAUAGAGAAGUCGACAAGGGCCUACUACAACCCCUCUAUAGUCGACAAGAAGGGACCAGAAGGUUCAUCGUCGUAGCAUUUUUCCGAUGUCUGCGAACAGACACGUUUUGCUCGCAUGAGCUCAGAUGGAGGUUUUUUUUGUAUUCACCACCACCUCUAUGAUGUUCGCGUGUCACC